AUGUCCAACAGCAGCUCCAUCACCGAGUUCCUCCUCCUGCCAUUCGCAGACACACGGGAGCUGCAGCUCCUGCACUUCGCGCUCUUCCUGGGCAUUUACCUGGUUGCCCUCCUGGGCAACGGCCUCAUCCUCACUGCCGUAGCCUGUGACCACCGCCUCCACACCCCCAUGUACUUCUUCCUCCUCAACCUCGCCCUCCUUGACCUGGGCUGCAUCUCCACCACUGUCCCCAAAGCCAUGGCCAAUUCCCUCUGGGACACCAAGGCCAUCUCCUACUCAGGAUGUGCUGCACAGUUCUUUUUCUUGCUCUUCUUGAUAUCAGCAGAGUUUUAUCUCCUCACAGUUAUGUCCUAUGACCGCUACGUUGCCAUCUGCAAGCCCCUGCACUACGGGAGCCUCCUGGGCAGCAGAGCUUGUGCCCAGAUGGCAGCAGCUGCCUGGGGCAGCGGGGUUCUCACUGCUCUGCUGCACACUGCCAAUACGUUUUCCUUGCCCCUCUGCCAUGGCAAUGCUGUGAACCAGUUCUUCUGUGAACUUCCCCAGAUUCUCAAGCUUUCCUGCUCAAAAUCAUACGUCAGGGAAGCUGGUCUCCUUGUGGGUGGCGUCUCUUUAGCCUUCGGUUGUUUUGUUUUCAUUGUGGUUUCCUAUGUGCAGAUCUUCAGGGCUGUGCUGAGGAUGCCCUCUGAGCAGGGCCGGCACAAAGCCUUUUCUACGUGCCUUCCUCACCUGGCUGUGGUCUCCCUCUUUACUGGCACUGGCAUGUUUGCCUACCUGAAGCCCCCCUCCACCUUCUCCCAAUCUCUGCACCUGGUGGUGGCAGUUGUUUACUCAGUGAUGCCUCCAACACUGAACCCCUUUAUCUACAGCUUGAGGAACCAGGAGCUCAGGGAUUGUGCUAGGAAAGUGAUUUCAGAGACACUUCUUAAUAGCUCACAUAGAGAAACAGAUGAGAAGGUAUUGAAUGCACAAAAGGACAUUCAGAAAGUAGAGGAGGAGGAAAUUCCCAAGUUAAGAGAACUGUUGUAA